AUUCAUCAUUACAAUGCCCUACUCAUCGAGCUGUUUGACCCUUGUGAAUCUCCGUAGUGUAACUAGGAAGGGAUUUGGUUACUAAGCGAAACGGGAAGAGAGAAAUCUAAGGAUUUUCUCCAGCCGCAAAAUUAUAUUUUGGAGAGGGAACGUUGACUGAUCUAUAUGGCUCUACCAACCCUCUCUGCCCACUGGCCUAGUCGAGUUCGUUCUCUGGAAAGACAGAUGGUGCGGCACUGCCGGCAGCGGGAACAGGAGGCUUGUUGGCGGCAGCAAUGGGAGAUGAACUCGAAGUACUACAGACAACAGAACGUUGUAAGCAGUAAGCAGGCACACUGGAGUUCUCGUCAAUCAUACCAGGAGAGUAUGUCAGCAUACCACAAAGAGAGACUGAAAGAGGAGAAGGUGGUGAGUCUGGAGAAGCGCAGGGAGCGUCUCAGGACCCUGCUCCAGAAGGAGCGGGACCAGCUUGAGGCUGAGUUACGGGAUGUUGUCCCUGACAGGAGCACACUGACUAGGCAACUGAUGGACAAGACCGAAGACCUCCGCUCAGGCCGAGAGGAACGAAGGAAGAAGCUAGCAGAAGAGCUGUUGAGGGAGCACUGGAAGAAAAACAACCCUGAGUUGCAGAAGGUCGAGUCAACUUUACAUAAAGAUCAUGUGGUGAGCCAAUGGCAGACACAGACCUUGGUGAAAAAACAGCAUGAGGAGGCAGCCCAGGAGGAGAAGAGGCGCUUUGAGAACGAAUACGAGACGAGUAGACGGGAGGCGCUGCAGAGGAUGAAGCAGGCAGAGGAUAGAAGAAGAGGAGAGGACAGGGAGAGAGCCAAGGAGCUCCGCAAACAGAUGGAAGAGCUCAAGCUCCGGGAGGAAGAGGCCAGCUGUCUGAAGAAGGAGCAGGAGGCCCUGCUGUCCCAGCGCUGGGAGGUGGAGAAGCUGGAGGAGGAGAGAAGGAAGGUGGAGGAGUGCCACAAGAAAUCUGAAAUGGGGCGAUUCUUGACCCGCCAGUACCGCGCCCAACUGAAGAGGAGAGCCCAGCAGGUGCAGGAGGAGCUGGAGGCGGAUCGCAAGAUUCUGGCAGCCCUGCUGGAGGGGGAGCAGGAGGACCAGCGUCUGGAAAGCGUGCGGCGGGAGAGGGCAGUGGCGGAUGCCGCCUGGAUGAAGCACGUCAUUGAAGAGCAGCUCCAGCUGGAGAGGGAGAGGGAGGCAGAGUUUGAUGUCCUGUACCGGGAGGAGGCCCAGCGUGUUUGGGAGAAGCGGGAGGCGGAGUGGGAGAAGGAGAGGAGAGCCAGGGAGAGGCUUAUGCAGGAGGUUCUGGCAGGCAGACAGCAGCAGCUGGAUGUCAAGAUGCAAGAGAAUCGUCAGGCUCAGGAGGAGUCUCUGAGGAGGCGCGAGGAGCUGAUCGAAGAGCUAGAGCUGGAGCGGCAGACCAGACGCCAAGAGAGGGAGGAGGACGAGGGUCACAGGACGGCUCGGAUGCAGGAGAUCAAUGCACAGGUGGAGCAGCGGCGUCGGGAGCAGUGGGAAGAGCAGCGACGGAAGGAGCAGAUGGAGGAGGUGGAGAGGGAGGCCCUGAGGCUGCAGGAGGAGGAGCUGAGGCUGGAGACUCAUAGAAUGGCCCAGCAGGGCUACCAGGACAAGAUUCGUAGCAGACCCCGAUCAGCCUGGACAUGACGAUCCUGUGAGGCCAAAAAAGACACAGCACAAUCAUAUGUUUUAAUACACAUUUGUACAAAAAGUGAAUCUGAAUGCGUUUAAAACUUAUCAAGUAUUCCAACACCAUGCUCGUCAGUUGCAGAAAGUGGUUGUAGAGUUUUACAAAAUGGUGUGUAAGGGAUAGCGUUUACAAUCUUGGGUUUUAUGUUUAUAUAAUCUUCUUGAUUUAAUUGUAAAUUUUUUCAUUAAAAUAAAUCACUGUUCCUUUC